AUGAAGAACGAAGAACUACAAUCCUUAGAACCAAAAAUUAGAAAAAUAUUUUUAUCUCACGAUGCAGAUAUGGAUGGUUAUUUAAAUUUAAAUGAAUUUAAAACAUUUCUCCAACAUCAUUUAAAUUUAACCACAUUAGAUGAAAAUCAAAUACAUCAAAUGUUUAAUGAUAUGGAUAAGAAGAAAACAGGAAAACUAGAAUGUCAAAGUUUUUUUCAAUAUCUUUCAACCUUAAUUAAGGGUGAUGAUGCUGAAAUAAUAUCGGCAUCGCUCCAACUGGAACAACAACAAUCCAUUAGUGCAGCAGCUAAAGCAAAAUUUGAUUUAUUUGUUGCACUUUUGAAUGCAGAUAAAGAAGGUAAAUGUCCUUUAGGUGGUAUAACACAGUUUAUGAAUAAAAAAUGGUCUACAUUCAAUAACUAUAUACGUUAUGGUAAAAGUGGACAAGUGGUUAUGACUGGUAGUGAUAAUAUUGACGAUAUUUUACCUGGCCAAUAUUCACUUGUUGAUUUAUCUUGUUGGAAAGAUAAUUUAACACAAAUGAUUAAACCACUACAUGUUAAAAUACCAAAUGUUCGAUGGUUAUCUAGUCCAGAUAAAAAACCUGGCCUAUUAAUAUUUCCUACGAACUUUAAUCGUAGUAUUCCAACUGACAUUGCAACCUCUCAAAAUCUCAAAUAUUAUGGCUGUGCAUUUGCAAAUGACAAUCAGUUAAAAGUAUCACUUUUACAUCGCCAUGGUACAUGGGAUUUUAUUUAUACGGAUAAUUAUAAAACAGAUUAUGUUGAAAGUGUAAAUGGUCCUGGCCUCGAACGGCAUGGCUUUGCACAUUUAGAUUGUCCACAUGCUCAUCCUACCAGAAGUGGACGGUUUAUAUUGGGUAAAUUUUCUGAGGAGGAUAAAUCCGAAUUACAUUUAACAGCAUUUAUUAUCCCAACAAAACAUACAUUGUACGUACCACCAUAUACAAUACAUUCAAAUGAUUAUCUCGAAGGUAGAUGGAGAACAAUGCUGUCUGAUGGCGAUAUUGAUCGUGUUAUAUUAACAUUUGAGAGAGAUCCUGGAAAUUUAGAAACAUUUUCAUUUCAAUUUCCAAUUCAUACUGAUCAUGAAUCAAGUCCAUACAUUGAUCUAAAACAACUUCUAGAACCAAAGAACAGCGUUUAUCUCCAGACAAUUCAGGAAAAUCUUUUCGAUUCGGACGAAAAAAAUAUACUUUCAACUUGGUUCGAUGUCGUUCAUGUUCCUGAUGUAGAAAAUGCAUCCUUACUUGAUCCAUCGUUUAAUAUAAUAGUUUCUGAACCAUUAGAUGCAAAAAAAAUGGUUUCAAUUAUUAAUGGACAACAAACAAUAACACCGUAUAUUAUAGAUAGUCUUAAACGUUAUCAUGCAUUAAGUGAUAUUCAAGAUGUGUUUCCAACAUGUUUAGAUUUAUCAAAUAAUACAAAAAAGUUAGAAUUAUUUAUUGAUUCAAUUACAAAACGUAUUCUAUUAAUAAUAGCUAUUGAAUGUAUGUCAAAUGAAAGUCAAUAUUUUUUAGGUAAUUUUAUACGUAAAAAUGAUUUACCAAUACCAUUAUCAUAUUAUAUAUGGAAUAAAAAGCGUCAAGUACCAUUAUAUAAAAUUAAUUUUAACUGUUUAACAGAAAUUUUAUGUUUGACAGAUGAUAGAUUAAUUAUACAAUUAGGUAGUAAAAAUUGUAUUAAUUUAGGUAAAACAUGUUUAUUACCAUAUAUAUUUAAUGAUAAACGAAAAGAAUCAUUAUCAAAUGAUGGUAAUAUGAAAUUUCGUUCCUCAUGUAUUGAUAUACUAUUUUCUAAUUCACAAAAUAAAUCAUAUGUUAUAUUUGAUGUACAUGGUACAAUAAAUAAUAAUUAUAAUUCAGAUUUAAUACGUUCUAUACAAUUAUAUGCAUCUUGUCAAAUUAUUUAUAUAACAGAAGAUGAUUUACCAUUAAAACAUAAUAAUGAUUUUCUAAAUUUAAUAAUGAAUUAUUCAUUAGAAACACGUAAAAUUCCAACAAUAAUUGUUAUAUUUGAUAAAAAUUAUGAUAAUGAAUCAUCAGCAAGUAAAUUAAUUAAUCAAUUUCAAAAUUAUUAUGCAAAUGAAACACAAUGGUCACAUAUAUAUUGGACAACAGCACCAAUAUUUAAUUCAUCAUUAGUAAAUCAAAAUUUAAAUAUAUUUAAGAUCAAACGUCGUGCUAAUCGUUUAAUACCAACAUUUCGUAAUAUAUUUAUAGAAGCUGAACAAUAUAUAGAACAACAACCAUUAUUUCGUUCAUGUUUUUCAAUACAAACAACUUAUUUAAGAAUAAAAGAAAAUCAACAACAAUCAAGACUUAAUUUAAAAUAUGAAAUUGAAAAUGAAUUAGAACAUUUAUUUGAACAUUUAUCAGAUAAAACUGAAAAUUUAUCAAUUGUAACACCAUUAAGUUAUUUACGUGCACAAAUAAAUACAAUAAAAAAGAAAUUAGGUGAAGAUAUUGAAACAACAUUAGGAUCAAAAUUAGGUUUAGAAUUAAAAGAAUUAGAAAAUAAACGUAAAACAUAUACAACAUUUACAUCAUAUACAGAAUUUAUAAUUAAUUUAAUUAAUAAUAAAACAUACAUAGAAUUAUUAAUAACAGAAAUAUAUUUGGAAAAAUGGCGUUCAUUAUAUGUACCUAAUUUAAAAUUAGAAAAAGAAAAGAAAAAACAAUUAGUAUAUGAACAUGAUAAAAAUAUAAAACGUUUAGAAGAUAAAAUUGAUUCACAAAAUAAAACUGGUAAAAAGUCUGAUUAUGAAGAAACAUUGAAAUAUUUAAAUCAAUUACGAAAUGAAGCAAUAAAUUUAAAAAAUGAUAUAGAAAAACUUGAUUUAAAAUUAUAUAAUGUUGAUUUAACAAUUGGUUUAUUUGUUGAUGAAUUAUUUGAAUUAUAUGAUUAUUAUUUUGAUGAACAACCAACAAUGUUAGAUAAAUAUAAAAAUAUGUUUGAACGUUUAGCUGAUCGUAUAUCACAAUUAGUUUAUAAAGGUUUUGCUAUACAUAUAUUACGUGGUAGACCAUUAUAUAGUCAAAGUCGUUUAAUAGAAAAUACAAUAAAAAAAUUACGUGUUUCUGGUCGAUUAGCUGUAUUAACUGUUAUCGGUGAACAAUCAUCGGCUAA